GCAAUGGUGGAUAAGCAUUUUGUGCAGUACAAAUGUCGGAAAUUGGCUUUUCUAUUAGCCAAUUAAAUCUCUUUUUAUUGUUAAUUAAGUAGUUUUUUUAGUUAUGUAUAAAUUAAUUAAGAGUAUUGAUUUAGAAUUUCUCUUUAUUUUUUGUGGGUAGGGUUUAUUUCAUAUAUAUAGAGAAAACCCUAAAAAUGUCAUGUAUAGUCCAUUUUAUCCUAAGCUAAGUUGAGAGUGCAUAUAUAAUGCCCAGAGGAAAUCAUAUCUUUUUUUUCUUCUUUCAUUCAAAUUAGGGAUACUGCUUCUCACCUUAUUAUUUACAAAGAAUCACAUAGUUUAUUUUGGCUUCUUUUUAUCUAUUCAUCAUCACCAAUAUGAUACUUUUUGAGCUUGUGUUAAGAGUUAUAUAGUUGUUUCAAGUAAAGUUACAAUGAUCUUUCAAGUUGAGAACUGAGCAAGUAUGUACUUCUUACAAGUGUAAUUGACUACUACCUCAUUUUUCAGGUUCGAGCUUUCGCGUUGUUCGUUUUUCCUUUUUACACCCUUUUACUUUUUUGCCUAUUUGUUUUUCCAAGGAAUUUAUACGCUGAAAAGGUUUUUUAUAACUUUAUGGCCCACCUUAAAUUUUUUAUUAUCCAUCAAUAUGGAUGUAUGACGUGUACAAUCAUUCUAUAUUCCAUAUUAUUCAUUAUAAUAUAUGUAUCUAUUUAUAUAAAUAUAAUGAGUCCAGUUGUAGAUAGAGCUCAUACAGUGAUACAACUAUAAAGAGACGAAUUAACCCAUCUUAAAACAUCGAUUGGUGGAUCGAUCUAUCAAGAUCUAGUCAAAAUUAAGAUGGUAGAUGAAGGAGAUAGACUUCUACCAAUAGCAAACGUAGGUAGAAUCAUGAAGCAAAUACUACCCCCAACAGCCAAGAUCUCCAAAGGAGCUAAGGAAACAAUGCAAGAGUGUGUGACAGAGUUCAUAAGCUUUGUGACCGGCGAGGCGUCCGACAAGUGUCACAAGGAGAACCGGAAGACGGUAAAUGGAGACGACAUUUGUUGGGCUCUAAGCACUCUAGGGUUUGACAACUUUGGUGAGGCUAUAACUCAAUACUUACACAAGUAUAGGGAGUUUGAAAGGGAGAAAGCUUGUCAAGGUAAAGCAGAAGAAGGUUUAAUGUGUGGUGGAAUUAGUAGCAGUAGUACUGAAGAUCAUAGAUAUCAUGAAGAUGCAACAAAGUUUACCAGAGACAGAUCAGAUGAUCAAGAUCAACAUCAGCAGCAGCAGCUUCUUGAUCAAACUAAUACUUCAGCUUUUCCAUUGGAAUUUAGAAUCAUAGAUCCUAAGGGUUAAGUUAAACCCACUUCUUAAUUGCGAAAUAAGUAAGGUAAACAAACUACCAGCAUACUAAUUCUCUUUAGUUCUUUUUUUUUGUUUUCCUGAUUAUUAGUACAUGAAAUGAUUAAAAGAACUAGAUUUUGGUGUAUUUUUUU